AUGGAUCGAAGAAACGAGGUCUUCCAACGCUUAAAGCCACCAUGCGUAGCCUUAAGUCAGGUCGCUCUGACGCUCAGUGCGGCUCGCGGUGAUGCCAGCCAGUUGAUCGCGAAACUUGAAGACGUCCAGAAGACUUUGCAGUCAGUGGCAUCGCGGCCAGCAUCACUCGAUUCCAAGCUGGCCGAUUAUGUCUUCUUUCCGCUCUCGCAGGUGCUCAAGGUCAGCCAGCGAGUGCCAAUUCGCGCGCUCGAGUUGACCUUGCAGUGCCUCGCCAUCAUUCUUGAACAUGGCUGGCGGUCGCAGAUACAACCACAGCUUGCUGCUCAAGUCGUCAUCUUGUGUACUCUCAUGGCUGAAGAGAAUCCAAACGGACUUUCUUCAGCACAGACGACUCAUGAAUUGCGUACAAAUGCUCUCGAUUGCUUACGACAUGUGUUCGAGUCUGCGAGCGGAUCCUCAGAGCUACGAGAUGCGAUGACAGCAGAGUCAAAUGUGCCCCAGUUGGGACAGACAAUCAGCACGAUCCUUGACAAUGUUCUUGGAGCACGAUCGAUAGAGACUCAAAUCGCCGCCAGCCGUGCACUACAAGCAUUGGUGACACGCGUGGCGACUAUUGACAUACAAGCAGGGUUCCUGCCAGGCAUCGUAUCGAAAUUGACGAAACUGCUCACACCAAAGACUGCCCAGCGGCGCAAUCACGAAGUUCUGGUCCGCGCACUCGAAAGCCUCACCCACCUUUUCAGAGCCACUCUGGGUGACGAGAUUACCGCCGGCCUCACAGAAGACCAACAUGCUUCGGAUCGCGCCCGACUUUCGAGAGUUGUUGACCGGAAGUGGCUCGAAACAGCGGCUUCUCAGCUGAAGCCAGCGAUCACGAAUAUACUCAAGGUCCGUGAGACAGAACGGGACGAUGUGAAAAUAUCCCUCGCGCAGUUCUGCCUCACUGUGAUGCACUGCCGCAGAACUCUGGAAGACUCAGCCCCGAUUUGUUUGGAAACUCUCCUGAUCCUGUGUUCCGAGCAGAGCGAUAGCAUCAUCACGAGUCAAGUUGGACUACUGGUCAGCCAAGAUGCCUCUGUUGCAGCACUCUUACAGGUCACUCUACACGAUUGGAUAUCGUCGUUGCCCACGAAGAUGCAGGCAGCAGAUGAAGCAGUGAAAGUGGAGCGCAUAGGGCAGAUCAGCACAGCUUACGAUAUCCUGGUAAGCAGUGGCACAGAUACGACUGUGGUUGACAAAAUGCUGGUAGACAUCUUGAGGGAUAGCGUAGCGAUCACCCUUCAGCCUCCUCGUCUAGCGCAGAAAGAAGCAGAUAUUCGGCCGCCAGUGCAGUCUAUGGAGCUUGAUGUACAUGACAGGAAGAGCAGCACCGAGUUUCACACGCCGCUGGUGAAGUAUCGCGCUCAGGACGAGGUGCUGCAAACAAUUGAGAAGUUGGCGAACUCUAUCAGUCGACACUCAUACAAGAUAGUCAGCGGCGAACUUUCCAGAACCAUGCGUCAAAGCCUCGGAGAGACGCAAAUCGCCACAUUCUGGCUCCUGUUCAACACCACACAAAGAGCGCUAGAAGAAGGCACUGGCGCAGAUGAAUUCCUUGUCAUCGAUAAUGGAACGCAUUCAAUCGCUUCUGAGAAACUGGAGGAUCUCUACGCCUUCUCACUCGACAUCUUAACGGACAACUCUGAAGAUGUAGCAGAUCCUCGUCUGCAAGCGCUAGCUCUUCGCUCUCUGGCACUGUUCAGUCGUAUAUCGGGUCAAGACUUUCGACAUGAGCUCAUUGAUGCCCUUUAUCCCGUCCUGCAUAGCCUGGCUACGCCCGACGCGUUGCUGCAGCAGGACAGUAUGACCACGCUGAACAUCUUCGCCUCGUCUUGUGGCUACGAAUCUGUGGAGAACUUGAUUGUAGAGAAUGUCGACUAUCUCACCAACGCCGUGUCAUUGAGGCUCAAUGCUUUCGACGUGAGCCCUCAGGCACCACAAGUGUUGCUCAUGAUGGUGCGGCUUGCUGGACCAAGCUUGUUGCCGUACCUUGAGGAUACGGUUGACAGUCUAUUUGCUGCUCUGCAAGACUAUCACGGCUAUCCACUUCUGGUCGAACUCAUUUUCAGAGUACUGAGUGUGGUUGCUGAGGAGGGAGCCAAAAUGCCCCAGCUUGCCAUUACAGAUGGCACCAAACAAGACCUCGCAAAGUACUACGAGGAUCGAUGGCAGCCGGUGACAAUAGAUGGCUUAGCCGCUUUUUUACAUGAAAAGGUGGCAGAAGAGGAGCACAUCACUGCAGCUGAGAUAAAGGAAACCGAGCCGCAUCCGAAACGUCCAUGGAAGUCGAUCGAUGAGAAUGAGACAGAGGAAACGGGUUCAGCAGAGGACGACCAGCGAGGAGUUGAUAUUCCGGACCCUCCUCCACCGGCCCCGAAAACAUACGGCCUGCUACUUCGCAUCUCGGAAUUGACACAGCACUUCUUGCCCUCAGCAUCUGCGUCUCUGAGGUCUUCUUUACUCAAUCUGAUCAAAACUACGACGCCAGCGAUAUCACGCCAUGAGAAUUCGUUCUUGCCGCUCAUCAACACGCUAUGGCCGGAAGUUGUAUCGAGGCUCGACGAUACCGAGCCAUACGUAGUGGCCACUACUUUGGACCUUAUUGCUAUGCUGUGCGAGCAUGCCGGAGGUUUCAUGCGCACUCGAGUCCAGCAACUUUGGCCUGAGCUACAAGAGAUGUAUAACAAGACCGCUGCGAAUAUCGUGCAGAGCGUGCAGCCUCGGAGCCACGGCACAGGGAAGGUAAAAGAUCAACAUACUACUGCCAUGGUGCCCAGCAACACCGCUCUCAGCCUUGCCUUAAUGCGGAUCAAAGCAACGCCAGCAGACUACAGCGAUACUUCGACAAGGUUGCUUUGGACAUCGUUGUUGGGUGCCAUUACCUCCAUCGUCAAACACAUUUCCUUGGCCCCAGAAAUGUUCGACCAUGCUGUUGAAAUGUUGGCGCCUGUGUUGGAUGAUGACGAGACCCGAGCCGCUCUGGAAGCUGAGAAUGCCGACGCUGUUUGGCUUGUGAUGCUCAGGGGUGGUAAAGUGAGCCCACCGACGCCGCCGCAGGAUGAUACCAUCAAUUCGACGUUCGUGCAAGUAGCGGGCUAGGUCCAAGCGAACCAACAUUGAAGAUAUUGAUAAUCAGCAAGCAAUCUGACCAGCAUAAGCAGUGGCUUCUAGCGACUGAUCAGAGAUGCCGAGGUGCGAUAAGUUCGAAAAGCAGGAUGCGAUGCGUUUGCGCCGCGGUCAGCACUGUUUGUCGUACCCAUGUCGCCCAACGCGGCGAUUAUGCACAAACAGCAAUAGGAUCGAAACUUCAAAAUGGCCAAACAUCCAAACAUCCAAAUACAAGUAGCAGGCCACGCUUUGCGGUGAACUGAUCUCCCACAUCGUUGCAUCGAAAUACCGCUUCCCAAAAACUCGACCUCAAACUCCGCCACCGACUCGCACAAAUAUCUACUCAUCACCACCAAGCGACGGGUCAUUGCUUCACGAUCGGUCGCAAGAGAGACUUACACAAGAUCUUCGUGCGAACUCCCGCCCAUCUCACGUUUCUUCGAGCUUCAGCUGUCCAAAACCUACCACCAUCGGACCCGACGCCGACGAACCCUGGUCGCCAGCACCAAAGGUACAUCAUGUGUUACCACGAAUACACCCAUUACCCCCACUGCGAAGAACACAUCCCAAUGCAUGCGCACAUGUGUCCCAAGAACAUCACAGGCGAUCAGACCCGAGUCAUAUUCUGCGAAGACUACCAAGCCAUUCGGAGGGAAGCUGGAAUUGGUUGUCCGCAUUGUGAAUGGAGGAGAGAGAGUUCUGUGACGACGCCGAGUUCUUUGAAUGGACGGCAUUCUUACCCAACGCCUCCGAAGACUGCAUCGCCUGGGUCGACGAGGUGAAGAGUUGUGAGCAGAGGCAGGUUUGAGAAUGGGGUCAGAUGUAUUCGAUCGAUGGGCAAGGGCUCUGUCCAUCAUGCGCUUUAUGCUGCCCUGCUGUGAGGCCAGAAGCGAUGGAGAAAGUCAUUGAUGACAGCUGAGUCAAUUUCGAGUUCUGAUGUAGGCUUAGGAUGGGUGCGGUCGUUGUAUGAGUAUGUUCGGAGUGAUGCAUGGAAUGGCGGAGCGUGUGAAGAUACAAG